GGCGGGGCCAGUAGGGGAACCUGCUGCUGGAAGAGCGGCGGCCCGAGCGGGGGCCAUGGCGAAGCUACUGAGCUGCGUCCUCGGCCCCCGGCUCUACAAAAUCUACCGGGAGAGGGACUCAGAAAGGGCCCCAUCCAACGUCCCCGAGACUCCAACUUCAGUCACUAACCCCCCUUCCAGCUCCUGGGAUACAUACUAUCAGCCCCGUGCCCUGGAGAAACAUGCGGACAGCAUCCUGGCACUGGCUUCAGUCUUCUGGUCCAUCUCUUAUUAUUCCUCUCCCUUCGCCUUCUUCUACUUGUACAGGAAAGGUUACUUGAGUUUAUCCAAAGUGGUACCAUUUUCUCACUAUGCUGGGACAUUGCUGCUGCUACUGGCAGGUGUGGCCUGCCUCCGAGGCAUUGGCCGCUGGACUAACCCCCAGUACCGGCAGUUCAUCACCAUAUUAGAAGCAACACAUCGGAACCAGUCUGCAGAAAAUAAGAGGCAGCUUGCAAACUACAACUUUGACUUCAGGAGCUGGCCAGUCGACUUCCACUGGGAAGAACCCAGUAGUCGGAAGGAGUCUCGGGGCCCUUCCCGCCGGGGUGUGGCCCUCCUUCGCCCAGAGCCCUUGCACCGGGGAACAGCAGACACCCUCCUCAACCGUGUUAAAAAGCUGCCUUGUCAGGUCACCAGCUACCUGGUGGCACACACCUUGGGGCGCCGGAUGCUAUAUCCAGGCUCUGUAUACCUGCUCCAGAAGGCCCUCAUGCCUGUGCUGCUACAAGGCCAGGCCCGGUUGGUGGAAGAGUGUAACGGGCGCCGGGCAAAGCUGCUGGCCUGUGAUGGCAAUGAGAUUGACACGAUGUUUGUGGAUCGGCGGGGGACAGCUGAGCCCCAGGGACAGAAGCUGGUGAUCUGCUGUGAGGGGAACGCAGGGUUCUAUGAGGUGGGCUGCGUCUCUACACCCCUUGAAGCUGGAUAUUCAGUCCUGGGCUGGAAUCAUCCUGGCUUUGCUGGAAGCACGGGAGUGCCAUUUCCUCAGAAUGAGGCCAAUGCCAUGGAUGUGGUGGUCCAGUUUGCCAUCCAUCGCCUGGGCUUCCAGCCCCAGGACAUUAUCAUCUAUGCCUGGUCCAUCGGUGGCUUCACUGCCACAUGGGCAGCCAUGUCCUACCCAGACAUUAGUGCUGUGAUCCUGGAUGCCUCCUUUGAUGACCUGGUACCCUUGGCUCUGAAGGUCAUGCCGGACAGCUGGAGGGGCCUGGUGACCAGGACUGUGAGGCAGCAUCUCAAUCUAAACAAUGCAGAACAACUGUGCAGGUACCAGGGCCCUGUGCUGCUGAUCCGGAGAACUAAGGAUGAGAUCAUCACCACGACGGUUCCUGAGGACAUCAUGUCCAAUCGAGGCAAUGACCUCCUGCUGAAACUUCUGCAGUUUCGGUAUCCUCGUGUGAUGGCAGAGGAGGGCCUUCGUGUGGUGAGGCAGUGGCUGGAGGCCUCCUCACAGCUGGAAGAAGCUUCAAUUUAUAGCCGAUGGGAAGUGGAAGAGGACUGGUGUCUGUCUGUCCUCCGUUCCUACCAGGCAGAACAUGGGCCUGACUUCCCCUGGAGUGUGGGGGAGGACAUGAGUGUAGAUGGACGGCGGCAGCUGGCUCUGUUUCUGGCUCGGAAGCAUCUGCACAAUUUUGAGGCCACACACUGUACCCCACUUCCAGCCCAGAACUUCCAGAUGCCCUGGCACCUCUAGGGACCACAUUGGAACUCAUGAAAGAACAGGAUGGGGGAGACAUGAGGGAGGACCCCUUUAUUUGUGAUUCCCUAUGUUCAUGUUUCUGUUUAUGGUUUGUGGAAAGUGGGGGACCAUUCCCCUCCUCACCACUGUUCCUCUUGCACGUUUCCCCUCAUUCACAUGAUAGCACCUAACCUUCCCCUACACAUAUCCUGCAUUAAAUGAAUGAAUUAUUCCUAAUAAUUAAUAAAAAAGGUAUUUUUUCUACUA